CCUACGCCCGCUCCCCUCCCCCUGCCCAAAAAGACACAGCUCGCCUCCCGGAGAGGCGCCUCCAGUCGCGGCGAGCGCGGCGGUGGCGGCGGAUGGAGGGCGCGAGCGUGCGGCCGCGGCGGCUGCACCCGGCGGGGCGCUGAUGCGGCGCCUGGACCUUCGCUGCGCGACUUUGGGGGCGUCGGCCGAGUGGGCACUCCGCGAUGCAGCUCCUGAAGGCGCUCUGGGCACUCGCCGGAGCCGCGCUCUGCUGCUUCCUCGUCCUGGUGAUCCACGCGCAGUUCCUCAAAGAAGGUCAGCUGGCCGCCGGCACCUGUGAAAUUGUGACGCUGGACCGGGACAGCAGCCAGCCACGGAGGACGAUCGCCCGGCAGACAGCUCGCUGUGCGUGCAGAAAGGGGCAGAUUGCGGGCACCACGAGGGCCCGGCCCGCCUGCGUGGACGCACGGAUCAUCAGAACGAAGCAGUGGUGUGACAUGCUUCCUUGUCUGGAGGGGGAAGGCUGUGACUUGUUGAUCAACCGGUCAGGCUGGACGUGCACGCAGCCCGGGGGGCGGAUAAAGACCACCACGGUCUCCUGACAAACGCAGCCCCAGACGGGCCCCGGGAGUGGCCUUGGCUCCAUAUAGAGUCCACCCCUCGGCCACAGUCCUCUGUCCGCCGCGGACGCCCCCCAUUCUCCGCCAUCCGCCCACCCUCCGUCUCUCCGUAGCCCGUCCAGGACGCCCGCUUCCUCGGCAUCCUGAGCUGAGCCUGUCGGCCGCACCGAGGAGCCCGGCCUGGGACCCGGUGGGGGCUGUGCUGGGCGUCGGGGAGCCUGGCCCCUCCGCAGUGGAGGAGGAGGAGGAGGAAGACGGCGCUGGCCCAGGGGAGGACUGACUCUCGGGCGCAGAAGUGGCCUCUCCUUGUGCCCCAGACUGUCCGAAUCGCUUUUAUUUUCUUAUCCUUUCAGUAUACUCGAUAGACCAAAGAGCAAAAUCUAUUUUAACGCGGACUCGCCCUCACCGUCAGAGUCCUGGGUUCGACUGGGGGACACAGGGGCAGAGACAUGCCGGAGGCCCCGGUGGGGCGGCCCCGGCAGAGGCCUCCGACCCACGAACACUGCGGUGCCCCCUGAGAGGGGCCGAGCUGGCCGGAGGACCCCGAGGCAGCCCUGUGGGACGCGGCGGCGAUGUCCCCAUGCAGAGCCCGCGAGCGUGCCACCCCCCGGACACGGCCGGCCGCGCAGUCCCCGCUCCUCUGUACUUAGAUGGACUUGAUCGUACUAAACUCACUUUCUGUUUUAACCCGUUAGACAGGCCUCUCUCCAGCUCCAUUUCCGAUAGUGGGGUAAUCCAGUAUCCGCCAAGAGCAUGUUGGGUCUCGACUGCUGUCUCAUCCAAUUCACCAUUUAGCUCCAGAAAGCAAAUUAAAGGAAACGAAAGUAACACUUGUUUGAAAGAGAUCAUUAAAUGUAUUUUGCAAAGCCUAAAGUUAUAUAUUUAACAGUUUUUAUAUGUUGUAUAUUUGUAGAAAAUCCUAUUUAACAAUUAAUGUGUAGCCCCGGCCGUCCGGAGAGGUGGUGGAGCCCCGUGUCCCUGAGGGCUCUGGGUGGGCCGGGAGCCGGGGGCGGGGCAGGACUCUGGGGGCAGUGAGCUGGCGUCACCACGUGGUGGCCGGGCCAGAAGCCCGUUUCUCGUCGCUGGUUUGGGUCUGCGGGUCCCUCCCCUGGCCUCUGCCUCCAUCCACACUGAGUGUACAAUACUCUGAUCUCGCCUCUUCCUUCCGGUGGGUUGUCCCCCUCCCGUUCCCGCUCGCACAUCCAUCGAUCUUGAGGGCAGUGGGCAGUGGAUCUCUUCUCCCCAGGCGAUGUCCCGCUCGUUCUGUCUUCCUGUGGGAAGGUCGAGACCAUAGGGAUGGACGGCGGUGCCCAGAGACGGCAGGAACCCCAUCGUCCCACAUCCCUCUUGCAACCCGGGGUUGCCGGCCGGCCGACAAAUAAGGGACAGUUAUGUUUUCCUUCCUCUGGCCAGAUUCCUCCAUUUUUCCUGAGUUUCCAGUGAAGUAUACUACCUAAGAGUCCAAUUAACCAGAGUAUUAUGCUAGUUCUAUGCUACUAAAAAAGGAAAAAGGAAAAAAAAAUAAUAACUAUAUAGAAGUUGUUCCAGCAACCCAUAGACUAAAGAUAGGAGAGAAAAUCCAUUUAUUUAAGACCGAUUCCAAUGUCCGUGAGUAUUUAAUUUACCUUUCAGCCACCCCAAAUUUAGAGGUAUGUGGAUCCUAGAGAGAACGAAUCAGCUGCGGCUUUGGGUUUUCCUCAUGGAGGAGACGGGCCACCCAGGGUGCUGUCCGAGCGGCCAGCCCGGGCUCCAAGGCCGGGGCGCUGUGCUCCGGGAGGCCCUGGGAGGGUCGCCCCGCCUGGCACACCUCUGCCCUGCCCUGCCAGCGAGUGUCGACACCUUCCAGGGCAGAGACAGCGAGAUUUAAUAUGUUACAGCAUUUUUUUUCUUGUUUUACAGUAUUCAAUUUUGUGUUGAUUCAGCUAAAUUAUGAAAAUAAAGAAAAACUCCUUUGAUAA